ACAUCGCUACUGUCAGUGUCAUUGUUUUGAUCUGAGACAGAGUUCCUGGUGUUCUGAGGUGAUAAUGCAGCUACACCAAAGCUGCUUCUGGUUCAGAGUUGACCUCAGACGCCUUGGUGACGUUCCCUGAACAGGGUCCAGAGAACGAUUUGAUUCAGAGGAGAUGCAAACUGUCGUCUGAUGGAUCGUCCAUCUUCCUGAACGGUUCGGUCUUUUCAGGAGGCAUCAGCCUGAAAAAGGGAACCUCCAGGAUUAUAAUCUCUCGGGUGGAUUGUAUGGGACGGUGCGCGUGUGUGCCUAUAUGAGAAAUCAGACUGGGUUCCUGUUUUGCCUGCUUCAGCAUUGACUUUACCAACUGCACUCACUCUGGUGGGUCACUCUUCAGACUGAUGUGGAAUGCAACCUCUGGCGACCCCCUUCAACAAGUCUUCAUUCAGUGAGCAGCACUGGGAAGAGCAAGGAUAAAAGGCAGGAGGUGACACAAAAAAGAGCGAGCAGCAACAGUAGGAGCAGAUCACUCGAGUCAGGGCCCUCGGGUGGGAACAGAACUUAAAGCCCAAGACAAAAGGGAACGUGCAAGAAAAGCAUCAAUCACAUUCAACAAGACUUUUUUUCUCAAGAGCUGGACAUUUGGAAGCACCAGGGGGUACGGACCAUUAGCCUCUGUUUCACCCUUUAUUGAAUUGCUCCCUCUAUCACAUUCACUGACCUAUACCCAUCAUGCCAGUGGAGACUCUUCGUCCAUCAGAUGGCCGUCUGGCUGGAACACCUUUUACAUCAGCCAUGCCUCUCCGAAUCUUAAACAAGGGCCCGGACUAUUUCCGCAGGGUUCCUGACACUGGUGUACGCAAGCUGAGCGCGGUCGAGCGUCUCGAGGCCGACAAGGCCAAGUACGUGAAGAGCCAGCAGGUGGCUCUCACCAGGCAGGAGCCCAUCAAGCCCCCGGUCAUUCGCAAGCCACUGAUGUCUCCGGCCAUGAUGCUGCACACACCACCGGCCAGGAAAGUUCCCCGCAGACCCUCAGACACUGAAAACGGGGGACAGGGGCCAUGCAGGGCUACACCGCUCAAUCUGGACGUCCUGAACAACCUCAUUAACAUCACAGAUGGGCCCCAACCCUUGUCUCCUGCCCCUAACUCUCCCUCUCCCUCAGCCAUGUCUGAGCAGUCAGCAGAACCUCAGCAGAGUUGUGGCUUUAAUGGGCAUUUUCUGUUGAAGCCUUCUUCUUCCUGUACUUCCUCUUCUCUCAACAGCCAAAUCCAGUCUUCUUCUCAUGCUUCUCCUACUCCAGAGCCGAGCCACAGGCCCCCGCCUGUGCCUGCCAGAGUUCACAGACUCCCUGCACAGGGCAAUUACAGCAGCCCAAACCCUGUGACAGUGCGGCGGGUCGAUGUGCGGCCACAAGCGGAGAUCAGGAAGCCCCAGAGGAUGCCUCUACAACCUCAGUCCAAACUUUUACAACCCAAGCCUAAACCCAGACAGACACCACAUCCCCAGGCCCCACCACCAUCUACACCAUCCUUCAAAUCCCCAUCCCUCCCCUCACACUCGCCAUCGUCCCCCUGCCUACCCUCCAGCCCCCUGUUAUUACGAGCAGGCAUGCUACCCCCAGCCUCACCAGCCUGUACCCGCUUAUCCUCAGCAAGCUCACGGGGCUCGACACGCAGGCGCCCCUCACUGCACCGGUCCAAAUCGGACCUGAGCGACCGGUAUGCGCGUGCCAACGCUGACCUAGAGCGCUUCUUUAAUUACUGUGGCUUAGAACCCAGCGAAUUGGAAGGUAUUGGCAUGGAGCAUUUUGGACGUGCCAAUUCUGAUAUCGUGUCCAUUUCAAAACUUCGCAGCGUCAGCACACCCAGCUCUGAGUGUGGAGAUGAAGGGCACGCUUACAAAGAGGAGGAAGAUGACGAUGAAGAUGAUGGUCCUCCAAGGCCCGGCGAACGCGUUCCCUAUGGCAUCUCGGUAAUCGAGAGGAACGCACGCGUCAUCAAGUGGCUUUACGGGAUCCGACAGGCUCGGGAUUCUCAAAACGUUUCCAACGUAUAGGUGCCUCAAUGAAACACCAAAACAAUGGUGCGAAGGAAAAUAACGGGGACAGAAACAGAUCAAACAUGCCCCACAAUAAUGAUGUCUUUUUACAUGCAAUAUAUUUAUUACGUUUUUUGAAGACUCUCGAAGAUAUUUUGUGUUGUAUAUUUGUGAUCAGUAUGGAGUAUUCUUUAUUUGCCUUACAGUAAGCUCAAGGAUAUUGGUUCUUGAACAUUUAAUUUGUGUUACAUCAUUAUAGAUAUUUUGUCGUGACAGCCCGUUGUUGUUUUCUCCAGCUAUGUACUUUGGGCUGUGGCGAUUUACCUCAAAGGGACUGAAACAAGCUUUAGAUUCUCUGCACAUUGACUUAGAAAAUGAAAGUCAUUUAAAGCAAUAAUUAAAGUACAAGAUACUAAGAGCCAUGAGAGUGUGAUUGAAUGGAUGAUGUUGAUGAUGAUGAUGACAGUUGUGAUGAACACAGCAAUGGGCCAGCUGUUGUUAACAUUGAUAAUCAGGUACUUUAUAUCAGAUAUAGACUUAUUUUUAAAAAUCAAUGCAUUGAUAUGGGAACUGUGGCUUCCAGUAUGUCAAGAGAACAAUAGUAAGGUACUGUUUCAGGAAGUUAGCACAGUUUCCUGAGAGGCCGCAGUCCCCCAGUCAGAGAUAGAAAAAUUUCGGUAAGCCAGAACUAGAACUAGAAUUAGGACUAGGAAGCACACAAUGUCUAGUCAGCACACAUUACACUAAGACAUGUUUAUACACACACACACACACACAGAUACAAAAAGAUGCAUGCACUCAAAGGAACUUUCACACACUGACCACUGGUCACGGUGCAAGAGUUGUUCCAUCAGCGUCAAGUGUGAAUGUGUUGAAGAGACAAAAACGGGUGUGUUGAGAUAUGGCACUAGUGACUCGAUGAUACUGUGAAGGAACUCAGAGCAGCUUUAAACUCCUUCCUUUUUUAAAACAUGGCUGUGAUUUUCGUCAGCAUGUAAGAGCUUUCGUUAGCAUGCACGUGUAUUUUAUCUACAGGUGAUGUAUGGAAAGCCAUUUUAGAUGAAGCACAGAUACAACUGAAAAACAUUCCAGCAUUAAUGUUCAAAAACAACUUUUUUUUGGUUUGAUUGUAUUAUUACUGUUUUAUUAUUUCUGUUCACACAGCACUGUUUCUCCCUGUGCAUUAUUUGUGAGAUUGGUGCAGGAGGUUGAUGUGAAAUAGCCUGAGAGAGAGCAGGAAAUAGUUAGUCAGAAAUCUCAGAUAUAUAAACACACUGGCAUCUCUUUUCUGCAGAGAUGAGUGGUUGAGGCGGUGAAAGGGAAAUGUUCCUCUGUAGUCAUGUAAACUGUAGUAACAUGACUUUGUGGACAGGGCUGUUUUUCACAUUUUCCUUUUGCAGUUUUAUAUUUUUCACUUUUUCCACCAACAGUCUGAUGUUUCAACACAGCAAGCAUUCAGGAUUUGCUUGCGUUUUUUUUUUUUUGUGUGUGUGUGUAUGCUGUCUAAUCUUUUUACAUGCUUAUUGUCAAAAGUAAAUCACUUGCUAAUAUUACCUGUGUAGAAAUCACAUGAAUAAAUACACUUAGCCAUGUUCUCUGGGCAAUGAAGUAUGACCAGGGUUGUGUUUCAGCCUUCUAAGUCAUUAAAGACUGAAUUUCUUUUGUCUUCUAAUGAUCUUAAUAAACAGAAAAUGUUUUUGGAAGA